AUGAAUUAUUUCGAAGAAAAUGAAACAUACGGGAGAGGCAUCACUGAAAACAAUAAUUUGUUUUUAAGUUGUCGUAGUAAUGUAGAAAUAAAUAACGUUCAAAAAAUUAUGAUUAAUAAUUCAAACGAGCAAGUCCUACUAAAAGAGAAUGAUUUAUUCAAUAUACCAAGUAGCUUAUUCAAUAAUUACAAAAAAGAUGAAUAUCCUUUACAAGAAAAUAAAAGUAAUUUGAAAAGUCAUAAUACAAAUAACAACAUAGAAAAUUUAUGUGAUUAUAUAUCAAAAGAAGAUGAAGAGAAUAAUAUUUAUAAUUACAAUAAGAAAAAUAAUUCUGAUUUUAUUGAAGUAAGUUAUGAUAGCUUUUUAAAUGAUAGCUAUAAUAGGUCACAAAGCACUUUAAUUAAUUAUACAGACAACUCAGAUGAUGAAAAAAAAAUAUCCAUUAAAAAUAAUAAUGAACAAAAAAAUAUAUUAACAAAAAAUUGUUAUACUAAUAACAGUGAAGGUUUUCUGAUUGAUAAUUUAAGUUAUAACGAUAACACAGAUGAAAAAAAAAACUUAGAACAGAAUAACAAUUAUUCCAAUACAUUUGAUGAAACCUAUAUAAAUCAUAAAAAUAUAAAAAAUAAUAAUUUAUAUUAUAAUGAUUUAAUUAAUUGUUUUAGUAAUGAAGAUAAAAGUGUAAAUUCUAAAAAUAAAAUCAGUACGCAUAAUAGUUUUGAUAACAAAAGAAUUAAUUGUGUUAAUGAAGGUGAAUAUAGUUUCGAGAAUAUAAAGAAUUGUAAUACUUAUUAUGAAGAAGGAAAAGUUCUAAAAAAAAUUGACCUUGGAGUUUUAAGUAAUUCCAGUAACUCUUUGAGUUUUAAUGAGGAAAAUAAUGAAAAGAAAAAUAUGAAUAAUUUUAUAAACGAAAAAAAUUCAAUUCUUGAGUAUUUAAAUAACAAUUUAAAAAAUAAUAAAUUUGUUGAAAGUCUCAAUCAACUAGAAAAUCGUGAAUAUAUUGAAGAUAAAGAAUAUAUUAGUAAUAUUCAUGAUUUACAUAGUGUUAGAAAUUGCAAAAUUGAAAAAAGAUUAUUAAAUAAUAGUAAUGAUUUUACCAGUAAUGAUAACCAUUCAAAAAUAAAAGACAUUGUUAAAGACGACGAAGGGAAGAAUUAUAAGAAGUUAAAGAAAAAAAAGAAAAAAAAUAAGAAAGAUAAUAAUUUUUCAUGUUCUUCUGAAAAUACUGAAACGGAUUUUAAAAACAAUAAAAUAUAUGAAAUUCAUAAAAAUAACAUUAAAAAAGAAAAAGGUUAUAAAGGAGAUGAAUUGAGUGAUUGUGAAAGGAAUAUAACCUAUAAUUUUAACGUGGAAAAUAAUAAUUAUAGUUCCGAAAAGCUUGAUAAAUCUAUUAAUGGGAAUGAAAUUAUAUCAGAAGCAGGUUCCAAUAGAAAAAAUUAUUAUAAUGAAGAAGAUAAUAAUGAUAUAAAAAAAAGUAAAUUUCAUAUUUAUGAUUUUCAAGAUAACCAAAAUGACAGUAAUUACAUUGAUACAAACGAAGAAAAUUAUGAUUAUAUAUCAAAUAAUUCUGAUGAAUAUAAUGACAAAAGUGAAAAUUUAAAAGAUGUAUUUAUUCAAUAUAAAAAGUCUUUAGCGUAUUUUGAAAAGAGUUCAAUAAAUAGUGAUAAUAGCUCAUUAGGAUAUUAUGCAAAAUCAGAAAAAAGUGUGAAUAAUAAUAACGGUUCUGGAAAUGAAAAAAGUUUAUGUUGUAACAUAAAGGGAAAUCAAUCAAAUGCAAAUAAUGAAGUUAAAAAAAAAUUAAAACAAAAAAAAAUUCUUAAGAGAAGAAGUUCUCUUUCCACAAAUUUAAGUAUGAAUAGUAAUUUGUUAAAUAAUAAAUUUGAUUUACAUAUUAAUAUAAAAAAUGUAAAAGAUAAUAAAAGCAGAGAUAAACAAAUGAAAGAAAACGAAAUAAAAUCUAGAACAAGUUCAUUAAAUGAAAAUACACAAGCACUUAAAGAAAAAGGGAACAAUCAGUUAAGGGAUAGAUUUGAUAUAGAUCAAAUUAUUGAAAAAUCUAAUGAUUUUAUCAAUUGUAAAAUAGAUGAUGAAAAUAAAAAUAAAAAAGAAAGUGAAAUCAAUUAUAAUAAUAAAAAUGAUAAUGAAUAUAAAAAUGAAAAUUAUUCCUGUGAAAAUAAAUGUGAAUAUAAAGAUUUCGAGAAUGAAAAUAAUUUUAAUCGUGAACAUAAAGGUGAGAAUGUUGAAACAAAGAAAAAUGGUGAGGAUAUGAAAAAUAUUUGUGAUAAAGAGAAUAAAAAUGAGAAAAAUAGAAAUUUGAAGAAAGAAAAUUUUGAUAUUGAAAAUAAAUUGAAAUAUUUCAUUGACUUUAAAGAAGAAAAAGUAAAUAAUGAAAUAAGUAAUGAAAAAAAUUCACUAAAGAACAUUUUAGAUAUUAAUGAAAAAGAAAAUUAUGAAAAUUUUAAUUAUAAAGGAAAGAAAAAAAAAAGUAGUUCACAUAAUUUAUAUACUGAUUUAUAUGUUAAUAACAAUGAAGUUCAUAAUGUUUCUAAUAACAAUUAUAAUAUAGAUAUUAAUGAUAACAUUAAUAAAAAUAGUACUACUACUACUACUAAUAAUAUAUAUAAUAGUAAUAAUAAUAAAAAUAUUAAAAAGAACAACUCAAAUAAUAAUGUAAAUAAUAAUAAUAAUAAUUCUUAUAAUAAUAAUAGCUAUAAGGAUCCUGGUGAUAAUAAUAAUUAUUCUGGUAAUAAUAAAAAUAAUGAUUUUGAUAAUAAUGGUUAUAAUAAUUCAUAUAAUAAUAAUAGUAAUAAUGAUUCUAAUAAUAACAGUAAUAAUGAUUCUGAUAAUAAUAGUAAUAAUGAUUCUGAUAAUAAUAGUAAUAAUGAUUCUGAUAAUAAUAGUAAUAAUGAUUCUAAUAAUAAUAGUAAUAAUGAUUCUGAUAAUAAUCAGAAUAAGGAAUAUGAUAAUCUAAUUAAUGUUGAUUCUGAUAAUAAUCAGAAUAAGGAAUAUGAUAAUCUAAUUAAUGUUGAUUCUGAUAACAAUAAAAACAAUGAUUCCGAUAGCAAUAAUGAUUAUGAUAAUAAGAAGAAUGGUGACUUUGAUGUUAAUAAUAAUGAUAAAAUUGAUUAUGAUAAUAAAAAUAAUAAUAAUGAUGAUAACAAUAAAAACAGUGAUUCUGAUAGUAAUAAGAAUAGUGAUCCUUAUGUUAAUAAUAAUAAUGACUAUGAUAACAAUAAAAAUAAUGAUUGUGAUAGUAAUAAGAAUAAUGAUUCUUACGUUAAUAAUAAUAAUGAUUUUGAUAAUAAUAAAAAUAAUAAUUUUUCAAAUAAUAAUAGUUCUUCUAGUAACAAUUAUAAGCAUAACUCUGCUCAUGUAAAUAGCAAUAUAGAUUCUAUUGACGGUAAUAAAAUUCAUUCUUCUAACAGUAAUAUUAAUUCUUCUAAUGACAAUAAUAAUAUUGAUUAUACUUUUAAUAGCAAAAACAGCGAUCCUAGUAAUAAUGAUAUUUGUAAAAGUAUUUAUAACCUAAAUAGAAUUAAUAACGUACAUAAUGAUAAUAGUAUAAUUGGUAGUAAUAAUAAAAAUGUAAACUACGAUAUUAACAUGAACAAUCAUAUUAACGUUAAUAAUUAUAAUGAUGUAAAUAGCAAUAAUUGCGACAAUAAUAACAAAAGAAAUGAUAACAUUUCUCAAUUAAAUUAUGAAUGUACAGAAUUAUUAAAUGAAAUAAAAGAAUUAAAAAAUACUAUAGAAAAUAUGAAAAAGGAAAAAAUUCAUUUACUAGCUAAAUUUAAAGUAUACACGUUAAACAACAAAAAAGAACUAGAAGAAUUAAAGAUAAAAUGUGAAAAUAAAGAAAAAGAAAUUGCAAUAUAUAUAAAUGAGAUUAAAAAAAAAGAAGAAAUAGAAAAAUGUAAUAUAAAAUAUUGUAAUGAAAUAAAUAUUUAUAAAAACUCAUUAGAGAAACAAAAUGAAAUACAAAUAGAUUUAGUUAAAAAAAAUGAAUCAUUAAACGAUAUAAACACAAAAUUACAAAAAGAAAUAAUAUUACAUAUGGAAGAAAUAAAGAAAAUUGAAAAAGAAAAUAAUAUUCUCAAAAUGCAAAUAAAACAAAAAGAAGGGGAAAUCAGUAUAUUAGAAAAGAAUAAAAAAGAAGAGGCAUUAGAUUAUAACUUAAAUGAAAAUGAUGUUUUGUUUUCCAUUUCAACUGAUAAUAAUAUCUUAGUAUGCUUUAAAAAAAAUGAUGAGUUUUUUAUAUUACCUGAAGAUAUUUUUGACUCAAAAUAUAAUAAAAUUAAAAAACCUAUAUGCAUACAAGAGAAAUAUAAAAAUGAACUGAGUGAAUAUAAAAAAAUGGAAGAUUUAAAUAUAAAGAAAAUAAAAGAAGAAAAAUUAGAAAUUGAGAAAGAAUAUAAUGAAUAUAAAAUUAAAGUAAAUAAUUUAAUUAAUGAAGAUAAUGAAAAUUAUAAAAUAAUUGAAGAAAAAAAUUGCUUAAUUCAAGAAUUAAACAAUACUAUCUUGAAAUAUGAAGAAGAUAUUGAAACAUAUAAGAAAGAGAUAUCUAUUGUUAAUGAAAAAUGCAAAAUGCUUGAAUUAGAAAUAUGUAAAGAAAAAAAUAUAAGAGAUCAACAAAAUGUAGGUAUAUUGGAUUUAAAAAAGAAAAUUAAAAAAGAAAAAUUGGAGUUAGAAAAAAAAUAUAAAGAGACAUGUGAUCAAGAAAUUCAAAAAAAAAUAAACGAAAUGAAGGAGAUAUUUAAUAAUAAGGAAAAAUUAUUACAAGAACAAAUCGAAUCAUUACUUUAUAAAAUAGAAAAAUUAACUUUUUCAAAUGAAGAAAAAAGACAAACUAUUGAAAAUUUAGAAAAUUCAUACGAAACUACUGAAUUUAAAGAUAAUGUGAAUAAAAUAAAAAAAAAAAAUGAAUCGGAAGAUAUUGAAACAGAAUCUUUGAAGAACAGUAGUAAUUACGAGCAAUUAAAAGAAAUACAUUUAUGUGAAAAAUGUAAAGGUAGUAAUAAUGUAAACAUACCAAUAUAUCCAAAUGAAUACAAAAAGAUAAUAAAAAAAUUAGAGACAUACGAAUAUAUUAUAAAUGAAGAAAAGGAAAGUAAAAGAAGUCUGUUAGAAGAGAUUAAUACAUUAAAAAAUCAAAUAAAAAAUUAUGAAUCUAUAAAUGGAAAUUAUGAACAUAUUAUGUAUCAAAAAAACAUUCUUUUAAAUUUUAUUUCACAAAUACCAACUCGUAUCCAAAUUGAUGAUUAUGUUUCAGUUAUUUAUAAUUCAUUUAAUUUUUCAAAUGAAGAAAUAGAAUUAAUUAAUUCAAAAAGAUCAAAAAAAUAA